CACAUUCAUAUUCAGUGUAGACAGUGUCGUAUUAUAACAAAAUUGUAGUUUUAAAGAAAAAUUAACUAUGGACGGAACCAAUCGUCGAAUGGCACUUCAAAGGCCGAUUUACAAUUUUCAAAAAGUAGCUCGCUUGACAAACAAUGGCUACCUUAACUUCUUAAUGGAGUACAAAAAGACGUUCUGCGGAGUUUCCGCAAAUGACAUGGUACGUUUCGGAGCAAGUCAGUGGAAUCAGUUGACCCUCGAGGAAAAGGAUUUCUUUAAAAAUAUGGGUGCAACAAGUGCACUUCAGGAGUUUGAGAAUCAGUCCUAUGGGGAAAAUCCAGUUCGCUCUCCUUUUGCCAGUGAUCAAGAAAAAUCAAUCAAGAAACCCAGUCCAGAGACUCUCCACCAAAAUCGGUUGGGCUCCGCCGUAGCCUAUAUUCAUUUCAUUCGCAAGUUCCAGAGGAAGAACAAAGAUUUGGAGGCAAAUGAUCUAUUGAAAAAGGCAGCCCGUCUUUGGUGCCGUCUGCGUGGAAGCCAGCGCGAACAAUUUGAGAAGCCACUUUGGAUUGUGAGAACUGGAUAAGAAACACUUAAAUUUAAGCCAUCUUAAUAUGUCUAAAUUUGAAGCCCAAAAUAUUUAAGACAUGAUGUUUUGUAAGCCUAAGUUUAGUUAUCUGUUAUCUUUUAUCUGAUCAACCGGCUGCAAAAACGGUUUACAUAUAAAUCCUAAGCCCGAAGUCCGAAACCCUUGCAGCUUAAGCCAUGUAAAGCACUUUAAUUCCUUAAAAAAACG